UUGAUGUGGCACUGUAUUCUGUAACAGAAUCAGCAAAAUGUGAAAGAGUUGGAGCGCCUUUAAGAGGAGGACUUACGAUCGUGACAGUUGAACCGAGACUCUUAGCAUCCUCUUUAGGAACACUUGUCCAUCAAUAAGGAGGAGCCAUGCCAACAAAGAGGGGCUUCACUCUGUUUCAGUGGGUCAGUGGAAGACGACUAUUUCCUGCAGAACAGUAGGAGAGAUCGGGAGACUUCAGUAAUUAAUGUGGACUUGCAUGCCAUGAGUGCUGUUUGCCCUACACUUUUUAUUUGCUGGCGAGCUUUUAUGUUCUUCAUUUGGCAUGUUGCUUGCCAACAAUUUAAGCAGGCUAAGAUUCCCUUGCUGCAACACAAGCCUUUUAUUGUUGUGUGGAACGCUCCCACAGAAUCAUGCAGACUGAAAUUCAAAGUUGACCUGGACCUCAGUAUUUUUGACAUUGUGGCUAACCUAAAUGAAACAUUGAGUGGAUCCAAUGUUACAAUAUUUUAUCAUACCCACUUAGGUUACUAUCCAUUCUACUCUGAUGAUGGGGCACCCAUCAAUGGAGGGCUUCCACAGAAUCAAAGCCUUGCUAAACACCUGAGCAAGGCCAGGUCGGACAUUGACAAGUUCAUUCCUUUUAAGGAUUUUAAAGGUCUUGGGGUAAUUGACUGGGAGAACUGGAGACCCCAGUGGGUAAGGAAUUGGGGUUCCAAAGACAUUUACAGAAAUAAAUCUAAGGAACUAAUAAGGAGGCUUCACCCACAAUGGUCAGAUAGGAAAGUUGAGAAAGAGGCCAAAGAAGAGUUUGAGAUGGCUGGUCUGAAUUUCAUGAAUACAACUCUUUUGCUGGCAGAAAAUAGGAGGCCCAAUGGUAUUUGGGGAUUCUACCUUUAUCCAGACUGCUACAACUAUGGCUACAAACAACACCCACAAAAAUACACAGGUGAAUGUCCAAAUAUAGAACAUGUGCGCAAUGACCACUUAAUGUGGCUCUGGAAAGAAAGCACUGCCCUGUACCCUUCCAUUUACUUGGACUAUGAACUUAAAUCCACAUCAAACACAGUGAAGUUUGUACACUAUCGUGUGAAAGAGGCUAUGAGAAUUGCAUCCAUUGCAAGGACGGACCACAUGCUGCCUGUAUAUGUUUACUCAAGACCAUUUUAUGCCCACACAUUUCAUGUUUUAUCUGAGAUUGACUUGGUCCACACUAUUGGUGAGAGUGCUGCACUGGGAGCAGCUGGAGUGGUCUUAUGGGGAUCUUCAGAAUAUGCAAGAUCUCGGAAGAAUUGUUUAACGGUGAAGAAAUACAUAGAUGGGCCUUUGGGACACUAUGUCAUCAAUGUAACGUCAGCUGCAAAGCUUUGCAGCAAAGCUCUUUGUAAGAAGAAUGGCAAGUGUGUUCGGAAAAGCCUGGACAACGGAGCGUUCUUGCAUCUUAACCCCCGCUAUUUUAAAAUAAGGAGUAGCUCAAGCAGUCAAGGCCCUAGAUUUUUUGUAAGUGGACACCUCAGCAAUGAAGACAUCUUUGUCAUGAAGCAGAAGUUCACCUGCCAGUGUUAUCAUGGCUGGAUAGGAAUAUACUGUGAGAUGCCUGAAUCUUCAAUCUUAUUUGUUGAGUAUAGAAACAGAAUUAUGAAGGGCAUGUUAUUCACCCCUUCUCUGCAUAUUUCCUGUCUUUCUUUAAUUGUCUUUCUCUGUUUGUGCCUCAUCGUUAAAUGCUUACUUUUUAGAUAGAUCACCGUUAAAAAUAAAUCUAAAAAAAAAACAGUAAAUGCCAGAAGCAAGAGGAGGAUCAUUUUGAGCAUUUAAUUCAUUUGGUAGGAAAAUGGCUAAAAUGGUCUCCUCUCAUUUGGGACCUUUCUUAUGUUCUUAUCUCCGAAUAACUUAUAAUAAUAAUAA